AUGUCGGCUCGGGGAGGAUUCGGCGACCCUCAGCUUCUAACCCGGCGCAUCCCCUCGAAUCCCAAGUAUCAACAUAUAAAAACUCGUCUGGAUACUGGAAACAGUUUGUCAAAAUACAUGGAAAAAAUGGAAGAGAUCAAAAGAAAUUACAGGUAUAAAAAGGAUGAGCUGUUUAAAAGGCUGAAGGUGACAACUUUUGCUCAAUUGGUUCUCCAGGUUGCCUCUCUGUCCACUGAAACAGUAGAAGUGACAGACGAGGAGCUGCACAAGCUGCCAGGUGACACCUCCCCAGGUGCUGAUGCUGCAGGUGACGAUGCAGCAGGGACAAAUGGCAAAGGGAGCCCUGAGGGGACACCCAGCCCUGUCCUGUUCCUGAACAACUCAGGAGCUGGGGAAUCCCAUCGCUCCACGCUGCAGAGUGUGAUCAGUGGGGUUGGGGAACUGGACAUUGAGAAGGAUUCUCCAAAGAAAGAGGACACCCAGGCCAAGGAGAGGCCUUAUCCUGACUGCCCGUUCCUGCUGCUGGACGUGCGGGACCGCGACGCCUACGAGCAGUGCCACAUUGUGGGAGCUUAUUCCUACCCCAUUGCAACGUUGUCCAGAACCAUGAAUCCAUAUACAAAUAAUAUUCUGGAAUAUAAAAAUGCCCAUGGAAAAAUCAUCAUCGUGUACGACAACGACGAGCGCUUGGCGAGCCAGGCGGCCACCACCAUGUGUGAGAGGGGCUUUGAGAACCUCUUCAUGUUGUCUGGGGGCCUCAAGGUCCUUGCCCAGAAGAUCCCAGAGGGGCUGAUCACCGGCACGCUCCCCGCAUCCUGCCAGGUGGCAGCUCCCACGGGAACUGCCCGCAGGAGAACUCCCAGGGUGCCAGCCACACGUGCAGAGAACAAAUGGAGGUUUUCUGCUGAUGAUCUGCAGAAGUUAAGGCAUUACCUGGCUGAGGAGCAGAUUCCUUCAGACACUGCCAGCCGCCUUACCCGGGGUAGUUCGGGCCACGAUUCCAAGUUCUCAUCCGUGAGGAGCAACCCCAGCCUCCCCAGCACUGCUGGCACCGUGGGAUCCCUGAGCAGCCGCUCCCACAGCAGGACCAGCAUCCAGAACAGGCCCUGGAAAUAA